AUGCAACUGCAGCAUCAACAACAGCUACAACAACAGUUGCCACCACAACAACAUCCAAAUAUGCCACCAAGCGCACGACACCACCAACACCCGGGUGGUAAUCCAGGCCACACUAUGACCAUGAACAGGAAAGUCAUCGACAAAAAUCACUACAAUGAAGAUACUCCACCUCCAUUGCCGCCACUACGUAACCCACAAAAAGCACUGGAUCCAGUUCAAGCAAUACCUAGUCUAAACGAUAGUUCCAUCAGUGAGCGGGAUAAGCAAAUAUACAUUUGUUCUUCACUCAAAAAUCCAAACAAUCAUAAUACGAACAAUAGCAGUAAUAAUAGUAACAAUGGCCAAACUCACCCAAACACUACUAGUAAUCAUAGCCAUGGGAGCAACCCCUAUGGAACAAUGAAACAAAAUCCAAACACAUUGAAGAAUCAAACUACGUUCAACUCAACGUUAGCUACAACGACAAAGCCGUUACCAUCGAUCAUCAAUACUCCAUUACCGGAAAUACCCAAACAGUCACAGUUGCCAGCCCCGAAAGACGACAUAUACGUUAAACGUAAGCUUAUAGAACAAAAUAGUAAAUUUGCGACAUUGAAAGCUAUUCCAAUGCCGAAAAUCGAAGCUUUGGAUAUUGAAACUCAAAAAAAGAAAAUGGCUCAAACUCAUCAGCAGAAAACCACACACACGCCCAAUGGUAUGCCCGUUAUUAAAAACACCAGUCUCCUUCCACCACCUCCUGUGACAACAGCGAGCGGUACGAUGACCGCAUCCCAAAUUCAAUCUCUUCCCUUACCACCUCCACCGCCAGAAUUGAUAGAAGAGGAACCGUUGCCUCCACCACCGCCACCGAUUGGCCACGAAGGAGGACUGAGCGGGCACGAUGAUCUCAAAACAACUAAUACUGCAAAAACUGAAACCAAAGAAGUGAUUUAUGCUACCAAAGUCAUUACUAAUCAUGCUAAUAGUGGAACUAACGGAAACCAUGGCGGAUCGAACGGUGACAUCGUUUCCAACCCAACGAGCACAAACAACACUGGCGACGAAAGCAGUUUCUAUGCUGUAACUGAACUGUAG